AUUCACCACCAGCUUCCCAUCCCAUCGCAUCACCCAUUCUUCCAUGCAAAAGCAAUAUCGUCAACAAGUUUUCCAGAACAACAAAACUCCAACCAAGAAGAUGAAGAUUCCACAGAUGUGGGCCGCUGGCGCCCUCCUGGCCGGCUGUACUCAAGCUUGCACUCGCGUCCGCAUCGACCAGUCGCGCGACCAAAGCAACCCUAAUAACAAGUACACCAGCUACACGGCUUGGGACGAUGACAAACCGGCCCUCACAAUCAAUGACCACAAAUCCAGAAUCAACCAGGAGAACAAUCGCGAGGCUCUUCCAUACCUCCGUUCAAAGACCGGGGACGUCGAUGUAUACAUGCACUACUAUCAAGGACCAUUUGCAAAGCAAAUUGGCGGGUCGGUCGCUUUCCCUAAGACUCCGGGUUAUCCAAAACUGCCUUUAGAGCAAAAGAAUUAUUUCGAGUACUACAACGAGGACGGAAUCAAACAUCAAAUCUACUGUCUAUGGGACAACUACAAUUGCGAGGGCAAAUACACUUGCGGAAUUUAAGCAACCUCCGCCAGCCAAAGGGUAAAACGAGCAGCGCAUUGUCUGGAGUCCUUUGCAUUUUUCGGCGGUUUGGCAUAUCGUUUCGAUCAUUUGCGGGUAGGCGUGCACCUACCCCGCAUCCACUCAUUGUACAGUAGCAGCA